AGUUUAUGUUGGAGGAAUGCCCUGUGAGCUUCUCAUACCACAAUCUGAUAAUUUGUAUGGUCUAAGACUAGAUCAUCCGAAUGGAGACAUGGGUUCUAUGAUUUGUAAGAUGACUGGAACUUAUGUUGGUCAUCACAAUGUCAGCUUCAUCUUAGACAGUGAUUAUGGAAGGAGUUUCCCACAGAAAAUGGCAUAUUUUGUUUCUUCUCUCAAUAAAAUUUCAAUGUUUCAAACAUAUGCAGAGGUCACUACAAUUUCACCUUCAAAAGGAAGCAUUCAAGGUGGCACCACACUGACAAUAAGUGGGAAAUACUUUGAUCAGACAGAUUUCCCAGUCAGAGUUGCAGUUGGAGGUCAAGCCUGUGAUAUUUUGAAUGUCACAGAAAAUAGCAUAUGUUGCAAGACACCCUCUAAACCUCAUACUCUCAAAACUGUAUAUCCAGGUGGGAGAGGCCUAAAACUUGAGGUAUGGAAUAAUAGCCGGCCAGUACAUCUUGAAGAAAUACUUGAAUACAAUGAAAAAACUCCAGGCUAUUUGGGUGCCAGUUGGGUAGAUUCAGCUUCUUACAGUUGGCCCUUGGAACACGAUACAUUUGUUGCACGCUUCACUGGAUUUUUGGUGGCUCCAGAUUCUGAUGUUUAUAGAUUCUACAUCAAAGGUGAUGACCGUUAUGCUAUUUAUUUCAGCCAUACUGGACUUCCAGAAGAUAAGGUGAGGAUCGCAUAUCACUCUGCCAAUGCCAACAGUUAUUUUUCCAGUCCAACACAAAGAUCAGGUGACAUUCAUCUUCAGAAAGGAAAAGAAUACUAUAUUGAAAUCUUGCUGCAAGAGUAUAGAUUAAGUGCUUUUGUUGAUGUUGGACUGUACCAGUAUAGAAGUGUCUAUACUGAACAACAAACGGAAGAUGCAGUAAAUGAGGAACAAGUUAUUAAAUCCCAGUCGACAGUCAUUCAGGAAAUACAGGUUAUAACGCUGGAAAACUGGGAAACAACUAAUGCGAUUAAUGAAGUUCAGAAGAUCACGGUAACCAGUCCAUGUGUGGAUGCUAAUUCAUGUUCACUUUACCAAUAUAGAUUAAUCUAUAACACAGAGAAAACUGUCUUGCUACCUGCUGAUGCUUCUGACUUUGUACUGCAAUCAGCUUUAAAUGACCUCUGGUCUAUAAAACCAGAUACAGUUCAAGUAAUAAGAACACAGAAUCUCCAGAGCUACAUCUACACGAUAACCUUUAUAUCAACCAGAGGAGAUUUUGAUCUGCUCGGUUAUGAAGUAUUUGAUGGAAAUAAUGUCACACUGGAUAUUACAGAGCAAACCAAAGGAAAACCCAAUUUGGAGACAUUCACACUGAAUUGGGAUGGAAUUGUUUCUAAGCCUCUUACUCCAUGGUCAUCGGAAGCUGAAUUUCAGGUAGCAAUGGAAGAAAUGGUUAGUACCCAGUGUCCACCACAGAUUACAAAUUUUGAAGAAGGAUUUGUUGUGAAAUACUUCAGAGACUAUGAAACUGAUUUUAACCUGGAACACAUCAACAGAGGGCAGAAGACAGCUGAAACUGAUGCUUACUGUGGUCGUUAUUCCCUGAAAAACCCAGCUGUUCUUUUUGACUCAGCAGAUGUUAAACCAAACAGACUACCGUAUGGUGACAUUUUAUUAUUUCCUUAUAAUCAGUUAUGUUUAGCAUACAAAGGAUUCCUGGCGAAUUAUAUUGGUCUAAAAUUUCAGUACCAAGACAACAGCAAGAUUACUAGAAAUACUUAUGUACAAUUUACAUAUAACUUUUCUUAUGGAAGCAACUGGACCUACACUUGCAUAGAUCUUCUGGAUAUCAUACAAGCCAAAUAUUCUGGGACGAAUUUUUCUCUUCAAAGGAUUAGUUUACAGAAAGCAUCAGAAUCACAGUCUUUCUAUGUGGAUAUAGUAUACAUUGGACAGACAUCUACAAUCUCAACACUGGAUGAAAUGCCAAAGAGAAGACUUCCAGCAUUAGCAAAUAAAGGAAUAUUUUUAAAACAUUUUCAGGUGAAUCAAACCAAAAUAAAUGGAUCAACUAUGACAAACCAAUAUUCUGUUACCAUGACCUCAUAUAAUUGCAGUUAUAAUAUACCCAUGAUGGCUGUGAGCUUUGGGCAGAUAAUCGCAAACGAGACAGAGGAUGAAUCUGUUUACAGAGGAAAUAAUUGGCCAGGGGAAUCUAAAAUUCGUGUUCAAAGAAUUCAAGCAGCAUCUCCGCCUAUAAGUGGCAGCUUUGACAUUCAAGCUUAUGGACAUAUUCUCAAAGGCCUCCCUGCUGCUGUGUCAGCUGCAGAUCUGCAGUUUGCUCUCCAGAGUCUGGAGGAAGUGGGACAAAUCUCAGUUACACGAGAGGGAACCUGUGCUGGAUAUUCAUGGAACAUCAAGUGGAGAAGCAUGUGUGGAAGGCAGAAUCUUCUACAGGUUGAUGAUUCCAGCAUUACUGGAGAAAAGGCUAAUAUGACAGUUACAAAGAUAAAGGAAGGUGGCUUAUUCAGACAACGCAUAUGUGGAGACCUACUUCGUACACCCAGUCAACAGCCCCAGGUUGAAGUCUAUGUCAAUGGAAUUCCAGCUAAAUGUUCAGGUGACUGUGGUUUUACAUGGGAUCCCAUGACAACUCCCCUAGUCUUGUCCAUAAGCCCUUCUCAAGGGUCCUAUCAAGAAAGCACAAUUCUAACCAUAGUAGGCUCUGGAUUUUCUCCCAGUUCAGAAGUAUCGGUCUCAGUUGGACCAGUAGGCUGCUCUCUUCUUUCUGUGGAUGAAAAUGAGAUCAAGUGCCAGAUUCUGAAUGCAAGUGCUGGACAUGCACCAGUUGCUGUGUCUGUAGCUGAUGCUGGACUAGCACAGAGUACACAGGGUGAGGGACUCCACUUUGUUUACCAGAGUCAGAUCUCACACAUCUGGCCUGCUUCGGGAAGCCUAGCAGGUGGUACUCUACUGACUGUAUCUGGAUUUGGCUUUAACAAAAAUUCAAAAGUAUUAGUUGGAAAUGAAACCUGCGAUGUAAUUGAAGGGGAUUUGAAUAGAAUAACCUGCAGAACACCAAAAAGAAUUGAGGGUACAGUUAAUAUUUCAGUUAUUACCAAUGGAUUUCAAGCCUUGGCAAAGGAUGCUUUCAGUUAUAAUUGCUUACAGACUCCAGUUAUAACUGACUUUAGUCCAAAAGUACGGACAAUACUAGGAGAAGUUAACUUAACAAUUAAGGGUUAUAACUUUGGAAAUGAAAUCACACAAAACACGGUGGUAUAUGUUGGAAGAAAAACCUGCCAAGUACUUCACUGGAACUUCACAGACAUUAGUUGUCUUUUGCCCAAGUUGUCUCCUGGAAAACAUGAUAUCUAUGUGGAAGUCAGAAACUGGGGUUUUGCAUCAACAAGAGACAAGCUAAAUGCUUCAAUACAGUAUAUAUUAGAAGUGACCAACAUGUUUCCACAGAGAGGUUCCUUAUAUGGUGGAACCGAAAUCACUAUAAAGGGUUUUGGGUUCAGCACAGCACCAACUGAGAAUACUGUGCUGUUAGGAUCCUUCCCUUGCAAUGUGACAUCAUCAUCAGAAAAUAUCAUCAAAUGUAUUCUUCACUCAACAGGGAAUGUAUUCAGAAUUACCAACAAUGGGGAAGAUUCAGAACAUGGAUUAGGUUAUGCCUGGUCACCAUCAGUCUUAAACGUGUCUGUGGGAGACACAGUGACAUGGCAUUGGCAAGCACACCCAUUUCUUAGGGGAAUAGGAUAUAGAGUUUUCUCUGUCUCCAGUCCUGGAAGUGUAAUUUAUGAUGGCAAAGGAUUUACAAAUGGAAGACAGAAAUCUCCAUCAGGUUCAUUUUCUUACCAAUUUACUUCACCUGGAAUUCAUUAUUAUAGCAGCGGGUAUGUUGAUGGGGCUCACUCCAUUUUUCUCCAAGGAGUCAUUAAUGUUUUACCAGCUGAAACCAGGCACAUUUCCCUGCGCCUGUUUGUGGAUAGCACUGAAGCUACAUAUGCUCAGGGAGGACCUGAGAAUUUGCACUUUGGAAGCUCUGCAGCAGGCUGCCUAGCAACAGAACCCCUGUGUGGCCUGAACAAUACUGAGGUUAAAAAUUCAAAUAGAUUGCUUUUUGAGCUUUCAAGUUGUUUUUCACCAUCUAUAAGCAACAUUACUCCAUCCACUGGAACAGUAAAUGAAUUGAUAACCAUUACUGGGCACGGCUUCAGUAAUUUCACAUGUGCUAAUAAGGUUACAAUUGGUAGCUACCCCUGUGUCGUAAAAGAAAGUAGUGACAGUUCUAUUAUGUGUUAUAUUGACCCUCAAAACUCAAUGGAUGUUGGCAUCAGGGAAAUUGUCACUUUGACUGUCUACAACCUGGGCACUGCUAUCAACACAAGGUCCAAUGAAUUUGAUAGGCGAUUUGUACUUCUGCCAAACAUGGACAUGGUAUUGCCAAAUGCAGGAUCACCUACAGGGAUGACAAGAGUGACCAUCAAAGGCUCUGGGUUCACAGUUUCUUCUGCAGGUGUAGAAGUCCUUAUGGGUCGUUUCCCAUGUAAAAUUCUUUCGGUGAAUUAUACAGCCAUUGAAUGUGAGACAUCUCCUGCUCCCCAACAGCUUGUGCAUGUAAAUCUUCUAAUACAUGGAGUGCCUGCCCAGUGUCAGGGGAACUGCAGCUUUUCAUAUUUAGAAAGCAUCACUCCUCAUAUAACAAGAAUUUUCCCAAAUUUUAUCAAAGGAUCUGUGAAAGUUUUAAUCGAAGGAGAAGGUUUUGGGUCUAUCUUGGAGGACAUUGCUGUUUUCAUUGGAAAUCAACAGUUCAGAGCAAUAGAUGUUAAUGAAAAUAACCUCACUCUUCUCAUGACUCCUCUCCCAGCUGGACUUCAUUCUGUUAGUGUUGUGGUGGGAACUAAAGGCAUGGCUCUGGGAAACCUGACCAUCAGCAGCCCCGCGGUGGCAUCUGUCUCACCAACUUCUGGAAGCAUUGGUGGUGGAACUACUUUGGCAAUUUCAGGAAAUGGCUUCUAUCCUGGCAACACCACAGUCAUUGUUGGGGAGAACCCUUGUCAAAUUAUUUUUGUCAACUCCAGUGAAGUCUACUGCCGCACCCCAGCAGGGACAGCGGGAGUGGUCGAUGUGAAGAUCUCUGUUAAUUCAAUUGCCUAUCCGCCUUUGUCAUUUACAUAUGCCCUGGAAGACACUCCAUUUCUCAGAGGAAUUGUUCCAAGUAGAGGUGCACCAGGAACUGAAAUUGAGAUCACUGGAUCUAACUUUGGAAUUGAUAUCUUGGAAAUUUCCGUGAUGAUAAGUAACAUUUGGUGUAAUGUAACCAUGGUCAAUGACAGUGUGCUGCGGUGUAUUGUUGGAGAUCAGACUGGUGGCACUUUCCCUGUUAUGAUGCAUCAUAUGACAAAGGGCUCUGCAGUGUCCACAGUUGUAUUUGAGUACCCACUUAAUAUUCAAGAUAUUCACCCAAGCCAAGGGAGUUUUGGCGGUGGUCAAACCAUGACUGUGACAGGCACUGGGUUUAAUCCACAAAAUUCAACUAUAUUAGUUUGUGGCUCAGAAUGUGCAAUUGACAGACUUAGAUCUGAUUUUACAACAUUAUUAUGUGAAAUUCCACCUAAUAUUGGCAGGGGACCUGAGCAAGCUUGUGAAGUGACUGUGAUCAAUGGGAAAGAUCUGUCACAGUCCACAACUCCAUUUAUGUACACUGUGUCACUGACUCCGCUUGUCACUGAAAUAUCUCCCAAGAGAGGCAGUACAGCAGGGGGCACCAGACUUACAGUCAUGGGAUCGGGAUUCAGUGAAAACAUAGAGGAUGUUCACAUCACCAUAGCUGAAGCCGAAUGUGAUGCUGAGUAUUCCAACAGAACACACAUCAUCUGCAUGACAAAUGCCCAUGCUCCUUCAGGCUGGGCUCCAGUUCAUGUCCACAUCAGAAGCACUGGCAUGGCCACACUGGAUAACGCUGACUUCCUUUAUGUUGAUGUUUGGUCCUCCAGCUUCUCAUGGGGAGGAAAAUCUCCCCCAGAAGAAGGGUCACUUGUUGUUAUUACAAAAGGACAGACAAUUCUGCUGGAUCAAAGUACCCCUGUUCUGAAAAUGUUGCUUAUUCAGGGUGGAACUCUAAUAUUUGAUGAAGUUGACAUUGAACUCCAGGCAGAAAAUAUUCUAAUUACAGAUGGAGGGAUUCUUCAGAUUGGGACAGAAGCAUCUCCAUUUCGGCACAAGGCUGUCAUUACCUUGCAUGGGCAUCUGCGUUCUCCUGAGCUUCCUAUAUAUGGUGCCAAAACCCUGGCUGUGCGGGAGGGAAUCCUGGAUCUGCAUGGUCUGCCUAUUCCUGUGAUCUGGACUCGAUUGGCUCAUACUGCAAAGGCAGGGGAAAAGACUUUAAUUUUACAAGAAGCAGUAACGUGGAAAGCAGGAGACAACAUUGUCAUUGCAAGCACAGGACACAGACACAGUCAACAAGAGAAUGAAAAGAGGACCAUUGCAUCUGUAUCUGCUGAUGGCAUAAACAUAACACUAACCAGUCCACUGAAUUACACACACUUAGGGAUUACUGUCACACUUCCUGAUAAAACUCUGUUUGAAGCAAGGGCAGAAGUUGGAAUUCUUACAAGAAAUAUUCUAAUAAGAGGAUCUGAUAACGUGGAGUGGAAUAACAAAAUUCCAGCAUGUCCUGAUGGAUUUGACACAGGUGAAUUUGCUACACAGACAUGUCUCCAAGGGAAGUUUGGAGAAGAAAUAGGAAGUGACCAGUUUGGAGGUUGUAUUAUGUUCCAUGCUCCUGUACCUGGUACUAACAUGGUAACUGGGAGAAUAGAACAUGUAGAGGUAUUUCAUGCUGGCCAGGCGUUCCGGUUGGGGCGAUAUCCAAUACAUUGGCACCUGCUCGGAGACUUACAGUUUAAAUCCUAUGUAAGAGGCUGUGCAAUUCACCAGGCCUAUAACAGGGCUGUUACUAUCCAUAACACACACCACCUUCUCAUUGAGAGGAAUAUUAUAUAUGACAUCAAAGGAGGAGCAUUUUUUAUAGAAGACGGUAUUGAAUAUGGCAAUAUCCUGCAAUAUAACUUGGCAGUAUUUGUACAGCAAAGCACUAGUCUACUGAAUGAUGAUGUGACCCCAGCUGCAUUUUGGGUAACCAACCCGAACAAUACCAUACGACACAAUGCAGCUGCUGGUGGCACUCACUUUGGCUUUUGGUACCGAAUGAACAACCACCCAGAUGGGCCAUCCUAUGACCGAAACAUUUGCCAAAAAAGAGUUCCUCUUGGAGAAUUCUUUAACAAUACUGUUCAUUCUCAAGGUUGGUUUGGAUUGUGGAUCUUUGAAGAAUAUUUCCCCAUGCAAACGGGAUCUUGUACUUCUACAGUGCCAGUACCUGCAAUAUUUAAUUCACUUACUACUUGGAAUUGUCAAAAAGGUGCUGAAUGGGUCAAUGGAGGUGCUCUUCAGUUCCACAACUUUGUGAUGGUAAAUAACCAUGAGGCUGGAAUCGAGACCAAGAGGAUUCUGGCUCCUUAUGUUGGAGGCUGGGGUGAAACCAGUGGGGCAGUGAUUAAAAAUGCCAAAAUAGUUGGGCAUCUUGAUGAACUGGGAAUGGGGUCUGCAUUUUGCACAUCAAAAGGCCUGGUUCUACCAUUUAGUGAAGGCUUGACUGUAUCAUCUGUACACUUUAUGAACUUUGACCGUGUCAACUGUGUAGCUUUGGGAGUGACAUCCAUCACUGGAGUUUGCAAUGACAGAUGUGGAGGUUGGAGUGCAAAAUUCGUUGACAUCCAGUAUUUUCACACAUCAAACAAGGCCGGCUUUCGAUGGGAACACGAAGUGGUGCUGAUUGAUGUUGAUGGUUCACUUACAGGGCACAAGGGAUACACCGUCAUUCCGCACAGCUCUUUGUUAGACCCUUCUCAUUGCACACAAGAAGCCGAGUGGAGCGUUGGGUUCCCUGGAUCAGUCUGUGACGCCUCAGUCAGCUUCCACCGUUUAGCAUUCAACAAGCCUUCCCCAGUAUCUCUGCUUGAAAAGGAUGUGGUUCUCUCAGACUCUUUUGGUACAAGCAUUGUUCCCUUUCAGAAGAAACGACUGACUCAUAUGUCUGGAUGGAUGGCUCUAAUCCCAAAUGCAAAUCAUAUUAACUGGUACUUUAAAGGUGUGGAUCACAUAACCAACAUAUCAUACACAUCAACAUUCUAUGGAUUUAAGNNUGAAGAUUAUGUAAUUAUAUCACAUAACUUCACUCAAAAUCCUGGUAUGUUUAAUGUUAUCGAUAUGAGAAAUGGUUCUUCAAAUCCACUGAAUUGGAAUACUAGCAGGAAUGGAGACUGGCACCUUGAAGCAAACACUAGCACUCUGUAUUACUUGGUUUCAGGAAGAAAUGACCUUCAUGAGAGCCAGCCCAUUUCUCAGACCCUGGAUCCUGACGUGAAAGAUGUUGUUAUUAAUUUCCAAGCUUACUGUUGUAUCCUUCAGGAUUGCUUUCCUGUACAUCCCCCAUCAAGAACAAUUCCCAGGAAGCGGCCAGCCAUAUAUAAUUUAUGGUCAAAUGAUUCUUUUUGGCAAUCAUCUCGAGAAAAUAAUUAUACCAUACCUCACCCAGGAGCAAAUGUUAUUAUUCCUGAAGGAACAUGGAUUGUAGCUGACACAGAUAUGCCACCAAUGGAAAGGCUUAUUAUUUGGGGGGUUCUAGAACUGGAAGAUAAAUAUGAUGUGGGAGCUGCAGAGUCUUCUUACAGAAAAGUUGUUUUGAAUGCUACCUACAUAUCACUGCAGGGAGGUAGAUUAAUUGGUGGCUGGGAAGAUAAUCCUUUUAAAGGAGAAUUACAGAUUGUUCUUAGAGGAAAUCAUUCUACCCCAAACUGGGCUCUUCCAGAAGGACCAAAUCAAGGAGCAAAGGUCUUAGGAGUGUUUGGUGAGCUGGAUCUUCAUGGAAUUCCACGUUCAGUUUAUAAAACUAAACUCUCAGAAACUGCAGAGGCAGGUUCCAAAGUCCUGUCUCUGGUGGAUGCUGUGGAUUGGCAGGAGGGAGAAGAAAUUGUAAUAACAACCACAAGCUAUGAUUUCCACCAGACAGAAACUAGAAGUAUUGUUAAAAUCCUGCAUGAUCACAAAAUUCUCAUUCUCAAUGAUAGCCUUUCCUACACUCACCUUGCUGAAACAUACCAUGUCCCUGGAACAGGUCAGAGUUAUGCAUUAGCAGCUGAUGUUGGGAUACUGAGUAGGAACAUCAAAAUAAUUGGUGAAGAUUACCCAGGAUUGUACAAGGAUUCUUUUGGUGCACGUGUCCUGGUUGGCUCAUUCACUGAAAAUAUGAUGACAUUUAAAGGAAAUGCAAGAAUAAGUAACGUGGAAUUUUAUCACAGUGGUCAAGAAGGCUUCAGGGAUAGCACAGACCCCAGAUACGCUGUAACGUUUCUUAACCUAGGACAGAUUCAAGAAUAUGGCUCAUCUUAUAUUCGAGCUUGUGCUUUUCACCACGGCUUCUCCCCAGCAAUUGGUGUGUUUGGGACAGAUGGCUUGGACAUAGAUGAUAACAUCAUUCACUUUACAGUGGGGGAAGGAAUAAGAAUAUGGGGGGAUGCCAACAGAGUCCGAGGAAAUUUGGUAGCCCUUUCAGUUUGGCCAGGAACCUAUCAGAACAGAAAAGAUUUAAGUUCAACUCUCUGGCAUGCAGCAAUUGAGAUAAAUAGAGGGACCAAUACAGUCUUACAAAAUAAUGUAGUUGCUGGAUUUGGAAGGGUGGGAUACCGCAUUGAUGGUGAACCUUGCUCAAGUCAAUCUAAUCCCAUGGAAAAGUGGUUUGACAAUGAAGCCCAUGGAGGUUUAUAUGGUGUCUAUAUGAACCAAGAUGGCCUUCCUGGAUGUUCCCUUAUACAGGGAUUUACUAUUUGGAGAUGCUGGGAUUACGGAAUUUAUUUUCAGACCACAGAGAGUGUGCACAUCUAUAAUGUGACCCUGGUGGACAAUGGAAUGGCCAUUUUUUCAAUAAUUUACAAACCAGAUGCUGUAUCUCACAAAAUUUCCAGUAAAACGGUGCAGGUGAAGAGCUCAUUAAUUGUUGGAAGUAGCCCUGAAUUUAAUUGCUCUGAUGUCCUAACUAAUGAUGAUCCCAAUAUUGAACUUACUGCUGCCCAUCGGAGUUCCAGACCUCCAUCAGGCGGGAGAAGUGGAAUUUGUUGGCCCACCUUUGCCUCUGCACAUAACAUGGCACCCCAGAAGCCCCAUGCAGGGAUCAUGAGUUACAACGCCAUCGGUGGCCUUAUGGAUAUCUCAG